GAUUCAGAUCGUGAAUCACGCCUUUCUAGUCUUAAAGACUUGUGCACAUACCUUGCGGAUCCUCCAGAUACUUUGAAUCAUUUCGUUAAAUUCUUAUCAGGUACUGAUCCGGAUGAACAAUUACAAGCAACUUGGUGUAUCACAAAUAUUGCCGCGGGUUCCAAGGAAUUUUGUCAGAAAGCGUUUGCAGCAAUCCCACAUUUAGUUGCCUUUCUUCAUGGUGACAAUGUUUCGUUACAAGAUCAAGCAGCUUGGGCAAUUGGCAAUCUCGCAGCGGAAGCCCCUGAAUGUCGAGAUUUACUUCGUGCAAACGAAGUUUUGCUUCCUUUGAUUGAAUUGCUUAACUCCAAGAAUGUGAACCUUGUUCAGACGAUUGCUCUUUCCAAUCUUGCUCGUGGGCCGAAUGCAAAUUUGGAUGAAUUUUUCUCUGCGGGCAUAACUCAGCAUCUUUUGUUUUACCUAGAAGCUGAGGAAAUGAAUGAAGUUGUCUCUGAGAUUUCUUGGGUAUUGACGUACUUGACCAGCUCAGAGGAUGAUAAAUAUACACAAUUAUUGUUGAAAGAAGGAAUCGUACCACUUCUA